AUGUUGGAUCUGUACGCAGAGAGAAACAGCCGCGUAUUGCUUGCAAUGUGCCAGACCACGCAGCGUUCAGACACAUUUCUCCAUCGCGAUCAGAGAGGUUCAGUCGACAGGCCUUGACGAGCAUUGAGACCUGCCUGCCUGCUGCCUCUUGCCUCAUGCAUCACGGCCCGACAGACCGAGAUUUGCGGGAGUGUGAGGUGGACACAAUUAACAGAGCACAUGUGUGCAGGGCACGAGGAAGAGAGGUCCAUCCAUGUUUGUUGUGCACACACACAGCGGCGGCCUCGAGCUUUCUUAAAAGCUUAGUCUGACCAACGUUCGCCUCGCUUCCCCACCAUCAUCAUCCCAAAUCCUCGUGCCUCAGUCAGACAUCCACUGUUCCUCCGUCCCUCGGCUUCCCACGACACACCCACCUACCCUCACACCUUCUCAUAACAUGGCGCCUGCUCUAGACUCGUCUGCUUCGCAGCAGUUCAAGGAAAAUCUUACUCUUGUGGUGAGUGAUCAAGCGACACGAGGCGCAAUUCCGUCUGCCUCGGUCGUCCCACUGGCUGGCGCUUAGCGAUCGAGCCAGUGCUGAUUGUCCGGAAAUUGCACUCCGCCCUCUCUUUGUUAGGCCACACACGAGAAGAAGUUGGAGCUGAAGAGGUCCGCUUGCCCCAAGCCCGGCCCAGGUCAAGCGCUUGUGCACGUGCGAGCAACGGGGGUAUGCGGGUCAGACGUGCACUUUUGGCAACAUGCUGGUCUAGGACCUUGGAAGAUUACCGAUUGCACAGCUUUGGGUCACGAGUCGGGUGGAGAAGUUGUUGCUGUGGGCGAAGGUGUGACCAACGUGUCGGUGGGCGACAGAGUGGCCAUCGAGCCUGGAGUUCCGUGCGGAAAGGCCACUUGCAAUUUUUGCUUGACUGGCCAGUACAAUCUCUGCCCUACGGUCGACUUCUACAGCGUUCCUCCCAAAGAUGGAACGCUGACUCGAUACCACGUUCAUCCUGCCGGAUGGUUGCACAAAGUGCCCAAGAGCAUGAAGUGGGCCGAGAUUGCUCUGCUCGAACCUCUCAGCGUCUGCCUAAGCGCUACUCUGCGCGCCGAACUAAAGCUGGGUCAACCGGUGCUCAUCACUGGAGCCGGUCCGAUCGGAGUGGUGCAGCUCUUGUGCGCAAAAGCUUCAGGUUGCUCCCCCAUCGUCAUCACAGAUUUGUCUUCUGAGCGUCUAGACUUUGCCAAGAAGCUCGUACCUUCGGUCAACACGUAUCAAGUAGACACCAAAAAGGACGCCAAGACUGCUGCUAGAGAGAUCGUGGACGUCUUUACCAACGCUGCCGAUAUGGGCGUUCAAGUGAUGCCGGAAGUGACGAUGGAGUGCACAGGUGUAGAGUCUUCCAUCCACACUGCAGCCUACGCAACCCAAUCAGCAGGUCUGGUCUUCAUCGUUGGGGUAGGCAAAGAUUUCAUUCAGGUUCCCUUUAUGGAACUCUCCGUUCGACAAAUCACAGUCUCUCAUCUGUUCAGAUACUCCAACACUUGGCCUAGAGCCAUCAGGCUCGUCGCUGGUGGCGUCAUCGACCUCUUGCCCAUCGUCACAAAGACUUUCCCAUUGGAGCAGGCAGACGACGCUGUGAGGCACUCUGCGGACAGGACCAAGUUCUCUGUCAAGACGCUCAUUGUGGACGGAGAGGAAUAA